CUGGGUCUUUUGAUGAUUUGUUUACUUCUUUCCUAUUUGAAGUAUUUCGUCUGCUGAGGCAUUUUGGGAUAGAUAUGAGUGACAAAAACAGCUCAAGUGCGUGUGUUGAACCAGAAUGGAUUCUCCAUCACAAAUUCGACACUGGAUUGAAUGCAGACAGUGUGGAAUUCUGCACAGUGGAUGGUUAUCGUCAUUUGCUUGCUUGCGGACUAUACCAGCUGAAGGAAGGCGAGGGAGAACCGUCCAGGAGACACGGGAGCUUGCUUCUGUACCAUGUUAGCGAGGAGAGCGCUUGUGCAAGUGUCGCCUGUAGUGAAAUCCAUCGAAUAGAGGACAUCGAUGGUAUUUUGGACAUGAAAUGGUUUCCACAUCUGAUUGGACAGCGUCCAGCUCUGGUUGUAGCUAGAGCGGAUGGCUUGUGUUGUAUUUACAGUUUUGCUCUUGAGCAGCAGGACUCUGCUGAGUCGAAGCUAAUUGCGUCAUGUGCGGUUGCCGACCAGGGCUUGUCUCUCAGCGUGGAUAUCAGCCCAAGCUCAACUUCAGAGCACGCCGUCGUUCUGACUACCACGUCACACGGUGAUGUUGUGUGCUUGCAUGCAAAGAAACAGGAGGAUGAUGCGGAUACUGUCUCUUAUGCACUAGAAGAGGUUGCUCGCUGGAACGCGCAUGGCUUUGAGGCGUGGUACGCUAUAUUUGACGUUCAGGACCCUGCGAAAGUCUACUCGGGCGGUGAUGAUGGGAAGUUCAAGGCUGUGAAGAUGCUUGAAGACGUAGCACAGCCAGUACAAACCGUACGCUACGAUGUUGGCCUCUGUGCCAUGCAAUUCCGACCGGAGCAUCCAAGUCAACUUGCACUGGGUGGAUAUGAGCAGAUUGUAUGGCUUUUUGAUUCUUCUAAUCUUCGCACGCCACUGUCGCAGAUCGAUGUUGGUGGCGGCGUAUGGCGCAUCAAGUGGAAGCAGUCCGAUCCCAGCUUGCUUGCCACUGCCACGAUGUACAACGGAUUCCACCUGCUGCGCCUGUCGGACGAUCUGGAGUUUUCUGUCCUGCUGCACUUCAAUAAUCACACCGAGGGCUCACUGGGCUACGGUGUUAGCUGGAAGCUACCGGAGGCAGAAGUGGCCGGUGAAAAUGUCUGUAAGGGCAGUCAAUCAAGUGCUGGUCCUGUGUGCCUACUGGCUACUUGCUCUUUCUACGACCAUUGCCUCCAGAUCUGGAGUACGCCACUGGGGGAACGCAAGUGAGCCCGUCGAGGACUGAUCCAGUGCGUUAGAACUGAUUGCACGCUGUGCAGUGUGCUGCACGGCCAUCUGGUACUGGUCGCCAGGCUUCCAUCACGGGGGAUGUGUGUCGAUAGGUCGUACAAGGGCCAGGCUCUGUAUGUGCGGAGGUUGUCUGCAUGGUCAUCGCUGUGUUGCGUCGCACAAUUUGGGAUGCCACUAACCUGCUCGGUAACAGUGUGACGCAAUCUGAUUUGGCCUGCACUCUCCUCGCGAGCAUCGCUGGGCUGGUCGAACCUCAUCCUACAAUAUCUGCUCAGUGCAUGAUUAGCUGCUGGGUGAGAAAGCGUGGCUCAUCCUCAUCACUACAGUGAGUGAGUAACCCAUGGUGUUGACCGGGAUUAUAGGGAAAGAAUUCGACUCGUUUCUCUGUUUCAACAGAUAGGCGAUUUUAUGCUGCUUUCUCUACACUUUGAUUGCGAAGACUGUGUACAUGCCAUCUGCGUCGAACAAGCCGUGUCUUUCUCAGUGAGGAGUCACUUGUGUGACGUUUGCACGAAGUCAACACGACCCAGUAGCGUGUCAAUUGUGUUCAGGUCCUCUGUCUUCUGUUAAACCAGCGACCAAGGUUUGCUGUUCCUGUUGGCUAUUGACACGGGCUUUUCCUUUUCUCAGCAUGCUGCAGCUGGCCGUUUUACAUGUACUUGGGAAAUAAUUCUGAGAGUAGUGUAAAGUACGACCUACAGUUACAGGGUACUUUCUUACUGUGCAUGUUUGCCAUCUUGUGAAGAGCAUUUGUUACUUUGCUAGCA